AUGGACGACGGGUGGCUGCCCCGCUUGCUGGCGGCUAUNUCCGGGGCAAAGCCCUCUCAGAGUCCUGGGGUGGGCCGGCGAGCCGACAGACGGCAGGCCCGAGGCGUCCGGCCCGCUCGGCCGCAGGCAACCCUGAACAUCCGCCGGGAUCGCCGGGGCAAUCGUACCCCGACGAGAGACGCUCUCGAGAGCCGGGGUGCCUCGCCGACGCGUUUGCGGGUGGGGACGAGUCGGUUUUUACGCCCGAGUCGGGUCAAAACCGGAGAUCCGACCUUUUGCGGACCACCAAGUCCGAGGAAGAAAUCUUCAGCGGGCGCGCGCAACGCCGCCCGUCCGGCACCCACGGCGGGGCCGGCGCCGCCCGCUGCGAGACUCCGGCCUCAGGCCGGAAGCCCCGGUCCCUCCCCGCCCCGCGGCAGGUGGGGCCACUCCCCCCAGAGCCCUCCUGCGGCGUACACCGCCAACCUGGGAUUUCAAGUCAGGUCGGGGGCGGCCCUCUCGGCCCGGCAGCCCGUCCCGGCGCUCGCCAGUGGGGCCGAGUCGGUUUUUGCGCCCGAGUCGGGUCGAAACCGGAGAUCCGACCUUUCGCGGACCACCAAGUCCGAGGAAGAUAUCUUCAGCGAGCGCCCGCGCAAGGCCGCCCGUCCGGCUCCAGCGGCGGGACCGGUCCCUCUCCGCCCCGCGGCCCGUCGCACCAGGGCAUUGGGACCGACUUGGCAACUCGCCACCCCGGCGCUGCUCCCCCCAGAGCCCUCCUGCGGCGUGCACCGCCAACCCAUGAUUUCAAGUCAGUUCUUGGCGGCCCUCUCGGCCUGGCAACCCGGCAGCUCAUCCCAGCGCUCGCUGGUGGGGCCGAGUCGGUUUUUGCACCCGAGUCGGGGCGAGACCGGAGAUGCCACCUUUGGUCGAACACCAAGUCCGGCGAAAAAAUCUUCAGCGGGCGCCCCCGCAACGCUGCCCGUCCGGGCACCCGCGGCGGGACCGGUCCCUGCCCGCCAAGCGGCCCGUCGCACCGGGGCAUUUGGACCGACUUGGCAACUCGCCACCCCGGCGCCGCUCCGCCAGAGCCCUCCUACGGGGUACACCGCCGACCCGGGAUUUCAAGUCCGUUCUUGGCGGCAGGCCCCCUCGGCCUCGCAACCCGGCAGCCGUUUUCAUGCACAGCAUCUAGGGAAAUACGGAAUGGUCAUUACUUGCAUUUGA